CUUGCAUACAUUAACGAACUAAGAUUCAAUCCAAACCCACACGGUCAUCUUCAUCACAUAAAUUUCCCGUUUUACAACUAAAGUGAUCUAACUCGAAAUGGCCUCGGCUUGUGCUUCUUCUGCCAUUGCAACGGUCGCAAUAUCUUCAUCCAGUUCUCAAAAGAACGGGUGUCCAAAAGCUUCUAAUUUCGUAACGGGGAAGAAAUUGAGGCUAAGAAAGUACACCACCGUUGCUGUUGCUCCUCGAUCUGCUCCGGUUUGUGCCGCUGCUGACCCCAACAGACCCCUUUGGUUCCCUGGUAGCACCCCUCCUCCGUGGCUCGACGGUAGCCUCCCCGGUGACUUUGGCUUCGACCCUCUUGGUCUUUCUUCUGAUCCGGAGAGCCUGAGAUGGAACCAGCAGGCGGAGCUGGUGCACUGCCGGUGGGCAAUGUUAGGCGCUGCCGGAAUUUUCAUCCCGGAAUUCUUGACAAAGAUCGGAAUUUUGAACACUCCAUCAUGGUACACCGCCGGAGAAUUGGAAUACUUCACCGACACCACCACCCUCUUCGUCGUGGAACUCAUUUUCAUCGGUUGGGCCGAGGGUAGACGGUGGGCCGACAUCCUUAAACCCGGCUGCGUCAACACCGACCCAAUCUUCCCCAACAACAAGCUCACCGGAACGGACGUUGGGUACCCAGGAGGGCUGUGGUUCGACCCGCUCGGAUGGGGUAGCGGGUCACCCGAAAAGAUCAAGGAGUUGAGAACUAAAGAGAUCAAGAACGGUCGAUUGGCUAUGUUGGCAGUGAUGGGUGCAUGGUUUCAACACAUUUACACUGGCACCGGUCCCAUCGACAAUCUUUUCGCGCACCUUGCCGAUCCCGGUCACGCCACCGUCUUCGCCGCUUUUACUCCCAAGUGAAGAAGUUGAAGAGCAUAGGAGACGUGUGUAUCAAAUCAUAACUUGAAAACUAAGUGUUUAUGUCUUGUGUAUGGGCAUUGAUAUCAAUUUCAUGUACAAAUGAGAACGAGAAUUAAGGAAGUUUAGAUGCGUUUUGAGUUCUUGAAUC